AUGGAUGUUAUCUGGACUCUGGUGGUGUGUGUGGGAGUUGUGUUUCCUGCUGUGCCUGUUUCGACUCAGGAUUCAUCCAGGACAUUGUUUCUGAUCUCAGUUCCAGAGGUGUUGCAUGCUGGGACACCCACUCCGCUGGCUGUCACCAUCCUUGCUGACUUCCCUUGCAGGGUGAUGGCUGAAGUGACGUAUGGCAACACCAUAGUUUCCCGAACAGAGGACUUCCAAGGAGGUUUGACCAGGGUCCUCACACUCCCUCCUAUUCUUGCAUCUACAACCCAGAAUUCCCUCUUAAACUUGACGGUGAGGGGCUACAGAGAUGACGAUGUCAUUUUCACCAACAACACCACCCUCAGCUUCAGCCCCAGAAAUGUCUACACCUUCAUUCAAACCGACAGAUCACGCUACCAACCGGGCGACACCGUCAAAGUCAGAGUUGUGUCUGUGCAGGUGGAUAACCAUCCGUACAAAGGCAGAGUGGAUAUCUCUAUACAGGAUCCCAGUGGGGACGUUGUCGACAGGGGGGAGUCCCCAGGGAAUCUGGGGAUUGUGUUGCGGGAAUUCAGUUUGUCCCAGACGCCUCCUCUUGGACAGUGGGCGAUCACAAUCACAGUGAACGGUGUGACUGAUGAGAAAACAUUCACUGUGGAGCAUUACGAGCGUCCUCACUUUGAAGUGCUCUUCAAGACACCUUCCCAGGUCCUCUUAGGAGAUGACAUCUCAGGAUCAGUGAGAGCACUUUACCCCAGUGGGCGACCUGUACAGGGAACACUGGUUGUCUCUCUGGCUUCUGAUGUGCAGAAUGCAGCCUCUCCAUUCAUGCUAACACAAACUAAAGAGAUCUAUGGCUCAUCACAGUUUGUCUUCAGCAAAGAUCUGCUUCAAGUAAUUGGCAGCCGUGUCCAUGUUGCCGCCUACGUUACUGACGACCUUACAGGAAUUAAAGUGAACAAAACCGUUGAAGUCCACGUCAUGACGAAGACGUUCCAGUUAACGUUUGAUGAUGUUCCAGCUACACUGAAGCCAUCUUUACACUUCUCUACAAAACUAAGGAUCUCCAGAUAUGACAGAAAGCCACUCAGCUCACAGGAUCUAACGCACUCGGCUGUGAUCAAAGUCAAUCAGAUAACACCCAAAAAAGAUGCUGAACAAACAACUCGGAUACUUCCGGUGCCCGCGGACGGGAACAUCCACAUCCAGUUUGAAUUACAGGAUCAAGUAGUGAUGCUUCUUAUUUGGGGAAUAUUCCAAUCCAGUGUGGAGCAUAUCGCUGUCACCAACAACUACCCCUCUCCUAGUGGCUCAUACAUUCAGAUCUCCCCGGUCGACUCCUCACCUGCACAGGUUGGAUUGCCUCUUCAGAUAGAUGUGAAGAGCACUUUUAAUCCAACUACUCUUCACUUUGUGGUGAGCUCAAGAGGUCAAGUGGUGGCCGCUGGGACAAAGAAUUCCUCCUCUUUUUCUCUAACCCCAACACUGUCCUGGUCCCCCGACGCCUACGUCACUGUCUACUGCGUCCUCUCUGACGGAGAGGUCACCAGCGACACAGCGCAUAUCCCCAUCAACAACUAUGUAUCUCUUAGCUGGAGCAGGAACAAAGCCCAGCCAGGUGAGAAGGUGUCGCUCACCGUGACUGCUCUCCAACCGACAUCCCAGUUAGGGAUCGUGGUAAUGGGGGCGCAUGAUGACGCACCGCAGGCUGACCUCGACUUAAAAGUGGAGCCGGAAUGUAAUAUUAGAACGCUGACUAAUGCCAGGCUAUAUAAGAAAAAGCAGCCUGAUGGACCUAAACAUGAAGAAGAUGCCCUAAUAGUCAAGAGGUUCUGGAGCCGUUGGCUGAAUGCCAGUGAAUCCUUGCUGUGGUUCGACGCUCCUGUCAGUGAUCAAACAUGGACAAGUGGGAAAAUAACCGUGCCAGAUGGUGUCACGUCUUUGAGAGCUGUAGCACUGGUGAUGUCAGACAACAUGGGUUUGGGCUUCACUCCUGUGCCACACAGGUUGACCGUGUCCAAAGAUUUUUCCUUGUCUCUGGAUGUGCCAUCAUACCUCAUAAGAGGAGAGGAAAUUGUGCUGGAGGUGAACAUCAUCAACCAUUUAGAGCACGACAUAGAGGUCUUGCUGCUGUUAGCAAAGAGUGAUGCCUUCGAGUUUGUUUUGGCAGACAAAGGAGAUGUCUCGGUGGUAAAUGCCCAGAAACUCACUUUAGGGAGUCAUGUAUCUGCUUCAGCGCUGUUCCCUAUAAGGCCUGUGGCUCUGGGCGAGAUGGAAAUAUCUGUGGACGCAGUAUCCGCGGAGGCCUCAGACAGCCUUGUUUGGAAAGUGCUUGUGAAGCCUGAGGGAGUUGAACAGUUCUUCUCAGAGACUCUGUUCCUGGAGAUGGAACCAUUGAAAUACAACAAUUCCAGAUCCAUCUCCUUCUCCUUUCCACCAGAUGUAGUACCGGGCAGCCACAGGGCUCAUGUGGCCUUGGUUGGUGAUAUCUUGGCUUUGUCCAUCAACAACUUGGACUUGCUGCUUCAGAUGCCUCUUGGUUGUGGGGAGCAGAACAUGAUCCACUUUGCUCCAAGUAUUUAUGUCCUCCAGUACCUGGACAAGUUAAUCCAGGACAAUCUAGAGAUCCGGAGCAGGGCUCUGGACUACAUGGUGGAAGGAUAUCAGAGACAACUAUCCUUCCAACGAGAUGACGGUUCAUUCAGUGCUUUCGGAGCCAGCGACACCUCCGGUAGCACAUGGUUAACAGCCUUCGUGCUGAGGUGCGUCCUCCAGGCGCAGCCCUACAUGCAGGUAGACCAGAGUGUCCUGACCGGAGCCCUCACCUGGCUCUUGAAACACCAGGGGCCCCAGGGAGAGUUCAGUGAGGUGGGCAAGUUGAUCCACACGGAGAUGCAGGGAGGACUGGAUAAUGGUCAAGUGGCACUCACUGCCUAUGUACUGAUCGCACUGCUUGAGGACGAGAACUACACGGACAUGUACCCAGGGAAUGUGUCGCUGGCCCAGAAGUAUCUGGAGAACAAAUGGUCCAGUGGAGUGGUCAGUAACUACAGCCUGUGUCUGGUGGCCUAUGCUUUAGCUCUGGCCAACAGCCCUGUGGCCGGCACGGCCCUGGAUGAGCUCAGCAGGAGAGCCGACUACAGAGAUGGAGUCAUGAUCUGGACAUCCUCAGCAGGACUGGAGUCACAUGACGGGCAGCCGCGCUCAGCACAGAUCGAGAUGACCUCUUACGUGCUGCUCGCUCUUUAUAGGCGCGGCAGCUUGGUGGAGGGCAUUGAACUCUUGAAAUGGUUAAGCAAGCAGAGAAACCAUCUAGGAGGCUACGGGACAACACAGGACACAAUAGUUGCCCUCCAGGCUCUGGCUUUUUACGCUGCCUUCAGUGGUGGCAACGCCAUCGACCUCCGGCUCAACAUAUCUGCUCCAGCGUCUCAGUUUGCGUCACUAUUUAGCAUCAACUCCUCCACCUAUCUGACGUAUCAGAGCCAAGAGAUUAAUGCUGACAAAGAUCUAAACCUAAAUAUAUACAUGGAAGGAAGAGGAUUUGCAAUAUUUCAGAUGAAUAUAUUUUACAACCUGGAGAGCAAAGCUUUAUCACAGAGCCUCCAGCACGCCAAUGAUGAGGAGGCGUUCGCAUUAGAUGUUGAUGUCACUGAGGAAAGAGACUACAAUCACAUGCUAUUAUCUAUAUGUACAAGAUUAAAGAACAGCCAGGUGAUAUCUCACACGGGCAUGGUGAUAUUGGAUGUGGGCAUGCUCAGUGGUUUCAGUCUGUCGCCUGGAGCUGCUUUCCCAACAGAUCUCAUCAGGAAGGUGGACAUACUGCCAGAGAAAGUCAGCCUCUAUCUAGAUUCACUGAACAAGUCAGAGGUUUGCAUCACACUUCGAGUCAUCAGAGACUACAAAGUGGCCCACGUACAGGAUGCUAUGGUGCAGGUUUACGACUACUACGAACCUACGAGAAAAGCAUCACAAACAUACAACUCAGCUCCUCUGCACAACAUGAACUCCUGCUUCUUCUGUGGGGAAAGCUGUGAGCGCUGUAGGCCAGGAGUCACCAUCAUGACGUCCUCCAGCAUUGUAUCUCGCUCCAUAAGCACCGCCACCUACAGCUUAGUUUGCCUCUUUCUUGGAGUCGCUACUUUUUUUAUUUGAGUCUAAUUAGACUGAAUUGUAGAUAAGAUAUACUUAGAGGUAAUGAUGUCCUUUUAGCACGUUCACACAUUGAUAUGCACUCGAUGCAAUUUCAAAGUUGUUGUUUGAAUACAAAUGAUUUCUUCUUGACAAGUGAUUGUAAUGUUUAGAGGCCUGUUUGCAUGCUGCUCUUAUGAUGAGUCCACGUGCCUUCUACUGUUUAUGAUGCGUUUUGUUGUGUAUUACUUUUUGAAAGAAUGUGAAUGAGAAAUGACUAUUUGGAAACGGAUCAGUCACAUUUCAUUUAUGUAUUUUUGGUUUAAUACAAAACAAUAUAUUAAUAUUGAAGAAUUAAUCUACUUAGAUUAUUCUCCAUAUGAUUCCAUGUGUUGACAUUUGAUAAAGAACUCAUGUAUAGUUGGCAGCAGAACAAAUAAAAACAAGUUAAUUCUCCGUGUGUCCUGUUGUCGCCACUUUGGCAGUAAAUGCAGACAUGUUAAGCUGCCUGAAGAAGUAUAAAGGAUAAAAUAAGAUUUAUUCUACAGCCUUAGCGUACUUUAAGGGUUUAAUAAGUUUUAUUCGUGUUGAUAUAUAACGGUCCUGCUUAAGUCCGGGUGCAAAUAUGGCACCAAGGACAAAAAAAUGCCUUUUGAGAUCAUUUGUAGUGAGAUAAAGUACUCGACCCCUCUGCCACGUCACAAAACUCUGAGCCAAAGGAAUGCAGGCUGACCUGCGCAGAGAACUCACACAUGUAAGUCAUCUCAAGACAGUAAUCAGGUUUGACUUUGCUGACGUAUCAUGAAAUAUGAAUGUUAUUUCUAGGAUUUCAGCCUACUGUGUUCAGUCUCAUUUUGUACACCAUAAACAUCUCAAAGUAGCAAUAACCAGAAAAUAAUAUCUAAGUCUCCUCCAGUGAUGGGAGCUUCGUUCUGUGGCUAGACCUGACCUUUGACCUCACUGUACCUUUUUUUCUUCUUCUUUUUGUUAAUAAAUAUGGCAUUUUGA